UGAUCCUUGUGUCAACUAAGGCAACUCCGUAAUACAUAUUCGCCAGCUUAACACUUUUAUAUCGUACCCCACCUGGUGAGCUCCGAAAGAACCGAAAAAUCCGUCACGAUGAGGCCCACACAGCACUCGGUGAUACACUCCCUGGGCAAGUUCUCGCAGGUAUCCAUCGAUUCGCAGUCCAACAAGCACAACUUCAUGGACGGCCGCGAUGAUGAUGAGGAGGAGCCCGAGAACAAAUAUGUGGCCAACGAGACGGUGGAGGACAUCCUCAAGGAGGUCCUGCGCACGCAGAACUUCCAGCUGAAGCAGUCGGACAGCCUGCUGGACGAACACUGCCAGUCGGUGAGGUGCAGGGACCGGACACUCAGGUCAGAUCUGAACCAGGAUCUGGACAUGGACCCGCGGCUGCGCAACUGGAACCGCGUGCUGGAGCAGCGUCGGCGACUGCAGGAGCGCAUCGCACGUCAGACGGGCAAGCGGACCGAGGAUGUGCUCUUCAACCGGUCCACGACCAUCGACGAGGCCAGCAAGCGGAUGAUACUGCGCGUCCUGGACACCGCAGACCGUUCGCGGCCCCUCGUCCGCCUCAAGGAGAAGGACACUCUGACCUCGCUGAAGCCCCGUCAGGAUCCCGAGCUGUGUCGCGAGAUCAAGGAGCUGUACGCUGUGAAGCCACAGUUGCAGCAGGUGGAGUUUGUCGGCCUGCCGCAGGUCACCCAGCAGGAGCUGGCUGCCACUCAAGUACCGCCCGAGGAGGCAGAGAGCCAGUGGCAGCGCUCCCAGGUCCUGAGCCAGCGGCUUGAGGAAAAGAAGGAGUUCAUCCAGAAGGUGCUGGAGUUUGCGCCCGAUCUUCACGAGCUGCAGGUCCGGCCGGCAGUGGUGGAACCGCCCAACAAGGCGCCGCCGAUCAUCAGAGUCGGCGAAUCCUUCAUAAGAUACGUCUCCGGUGACUCCACCCCGGUGGAGGAGGAGGAGGAUGAGCUUGGUCCGGUGUCCUAUGAGGCGGAGGAGUGUGAGACCGAUGGGGAGCCGGAGGCUGGGAAAAUCAUCAAAGAUGUUAUGGAGGGCCUAGUGGAGACCCAAGACUUGGACGAACCACAGGACGUGAACGGGCUGAUGAUCAACGGCCUGCUCAUUGAUUACCGCAAUCCUAUCGGUGCCACCGGCAAGUGCAUCAAUAUGCUGCUGCAAUGUGAACCGUACCAGCGCUGUGUCAAAAUGCUGUUGGACAUCCAGAAUCUGAGUUCGAAGUUGGUGCAUGUGUGCUGGUUGAACAAGACCCGCCUGCGUUCCGAUCGAUUGCCCAUGAACUCCGAGCUGGUCUUUGACCGCAGUGAGUUCAUCCUGGAGCCGAAGGGUCGCCGCCUCAUCCGGGUGAUGUUUCAGCCGCAAGUCGUGGGCCUCUUCACGCAGCGCUGGUACGCGUGCAUCCAAAAGUCUCCCUUCUGUGGCACCCGGCGCCUGGAGGUCGUCGUCCAGGGUCAGUGCACCAUGCCGGCUCCCUUUCAGCGCCGCCUGGAGAACCACCGCAAGGUGCCGGUGGACAAGCAGCAGAAGCUGCAGGCGCACAGCAUCCUCAACAUGCAGGCCAGCCUGGCGCCCAUUAUCGAGAAUCCCCGACCAUUGUGUCCCUUCCAAAGAGCCCUCGACGAGCGCGAGGUCUUCAAUGCCCAGAACUUUUCCUAUCGCUGCGAGCGGUACGAGGAUCUCGAGGCCCUCAAGGAGAUAUACGCACUGGCCAAGAAGCCACGUGACCGACCCUGGGACUUGAGUAUCGAGACCCUGCGGCGCUUCAUCGGCAAGCAGGAAAGCCGCUUUCUGCGCGAGAGUCUCCACAACCGACUUGUGAGUCUGCUCCAGCCGAUGAAGUGCAACAGGUGCUCGUCUUUUCCCCUCCUGGACCACAAUCCCCAGCGGGAUCGGUCCCGCUUUAUCUACGUGCGUGGCACCAUCAGCAGCUUCGUGGAUGAGUGGGAGGCCAUGGCCCUUGGUCUGGAUGAACAGUUCUUCAAGCUGGAGCUUCUGCGCUACCUGGGACAACCUUCCCUUCAGGAAAUCGGAGGAAUGUCCCAGAAGAGCCGCCAGCAGGCCCCGAAUGAGCCAAAAGAUGAAAUGGAGAUCGUGGAAGUCAUCUCGAAGAGAGUCAGGAGCAGCAAAUACCUGAAGGACUCGCUCUACAUGCAGACCUACAGCCUCCUCUGCGAUACUGCCGAGGAUAUUGUGUCCGUCAUCGAAAGCACCUCUGACUAAGAUUCCAUCUCAUGAGGUGCUCUACUCCCUUCAAACUGAGGAGGGAACUAGAGUCACAAGUUUUCGUUCUUGUAUAUUUUUGACAUGUUUCAACGGCAUUACCCAAAUAAAGUAUAAAAAGAUAAUUUUUAAAGGA